AUGAAGCUCCUGCAGGCUUCGUCACUCAUAUCCGCCGCGCUGGCGCUAUCGACGCGCGUCUACGGCUACUCGUUCAAUGACUUUGCAAAAAAAACUAAUGCGCCGGUCGUGGAGGUAAGCACUGGCCUAACAGCUGACCAAGAGAGUCGUAUUAUCGGCGGUGCAGACGCGGAUAUUGACAAUUAUCCGUACGUCGCGAGCGUGCGUAUCGACGGCGUGACGGUAUGUGCAGCCACGCUCAUUGCCCCGCAGUACCUCCUGACGACGGCACACUGCGUCAAGACGGACGAGAUUGCAAUGACUGCUUCCUUCGAUACGGAGUACAGCUUUGGCAAUGAUGGCGAACAGGUGAAGAUCGUCAAGGGAUAUAAGCACCCAUUGUACAAUAAGAAGAAGAAACUGUACGACGUGGGGUUGCUUAAACUAGAGAAGCCUAGGAAGGAAAAGCUCGCGGCUCUGCCUGCCGCUGACGGUUCGGAUGAGAAGGUCGGUGCGAGAGCCACCGUUCUCGGCUGGGGUCAAACGAAGGCAGCUUCUAGCAGCUUUAAGCUUCAGCAGGCCAACAUUCCUAUUAUCUCGAAUAAGGAGUGCAGCAAGUUCAAGUCAUACAAGAACGAGCUCACGGAAGGUAUGCUCUGCGCAGGCAAUGGAAAAGGCAAGGGCUCGUGCAGAGGCGACUCCGGUGGUCCUCUUAUUGCCAACGACGUCCUUGUGGGGUUCGUGAGCUGGGCUGGUGGCAAGUGUGGCAAGGAGCCUGGCGUGUACACCCGCGUGUCGUACGUGCUGGACUACAUUAACGACAUUCUGGAAGGUGGCGAUGGCAAAAAGUUUGGCUCAACCAGAGUGUCCGCGGGAUCGCCAAACAACGCUGCCAGCAAGUCAGCGAAAUCUACAGCAUCGAAGACUAUUGCGCCGAAGGCUACAAUCGAGCCUUCCACGGGCUCGUCAACCACCCAACAGACUGAUGGUCUGACAUUUGAGUUUGACGGAUCCACAGCAACACAACAGGGCGGUGCGACCACCAAGCAGUAG